AUGAUUCUUUUAUAUAAAUAUAAAAUUUCUAUAAAAAAUAAAGGUAAUAAUAAAGUAAAUUUAAUUUCUAUUUUAAAUUAUAAAUUUAAAUCUUAUAAUAUAAAUUUAAAUUUGUUAAAUAAAAAAAUAAAUGAAUAUAUUAAUAAAUAUAAAUUAAAUAUAUUUAUUAUUUAUAUUUAUUCUAAUAAAACAUUUAAAAUAAUAUAUAAUUACACUUUAUUUAAUUUAUAUAAAAAAUAUAAUAGUAAAUUAAAUAAUAUAUGUUUAAUUUAUAAAAUAUUAUUAUAUAAAAAAUUUCAGUUAUUAUUUUAUAAUAUAAUUCAAUUAUUUUAUAUUAUAACAAAUAAUUUAAUUAAAUAUAAUAAAUAA